CCGAAAAAACCCCAUUUCCGCCUCGCCUCGCCCCUCUCGUCCUCGGGUCCGAUGGUUAGUCUCCGCGCCGCGCGAGACCGUCGCCGGCGCGCGAUGGCGGCGGCUUCGCCUCCCCCGGUGCCCGCGGCGAGGCCGCCGCGGGUGGGGCUGCUGUACGACGAGCGGAUGUGCGCGCACGCGACGCCCGACGGGGAGGACCACCCGGAAAACCCCGAGCGGCUGCGCGCCAUCUGGCGCAAGCUCGACGCCGAGGGCUUCACGUCCAGGUGUGUGCUCCUGAAGGCGAAGGAAGCUGAGGACAAGUAUAUAGCUUCUGUUCACAGCCAGGAUCAUAUAAAGUUGAUGAAGGAAAUUAGCUCGAAGAAUUAUUCCAGCAGAAACAAGAUCACCAGGAAAUUCAAUUCCAUCUACUUUAACCAAGGUUCCUCUGAGUCCGCUGUUCUUGCUGCUGGUUCUGUCAUAAAGGUAGCUGAGAAGGUUGCUGCUGGUGAGUUAAGUUCUGCUAUUGCUCUAGUGAGACCUCCUGGCCACCAUGCAGAACGUGAUAAAGCGAUGGGAUUUUACCUCUUUAACAAUGUGGCAGUUGCAGCUAAUUAUCUCUUAAACGAGAGGCCUGAUUUAAGCAUCAAGAAGAUACAUGUCGAUUGGGAUGUUCACCAUGGAAAUGCUACACAGAAAAUGUUUUAUGAUGAUCCUCGUGUAUUGGUCUUUUCUGUUCACAGAUUUGAUUUUGGAGACUUCUAUCCUUAUGAGGAGGAUGCUUCUUAUAGUUUCAUUGGGGAAGAGGCUGGUAAAGGGUAUAACAUUAAUGUACCCUGGGAGCAGGGGAAGUGCGGUGAUGCAGAUUAUAUUGCUGCAUGGGACCACAUACUGCUUCCAAUUACCGAAGCUUUUGGUCUUGAUAUAAUACUAGUUUCUGCUGGGUUUGAUGCAGCACUGGGUGAUCCUCUCGGUGGUUGCUGUGUCACUCCAGAUGGAUAUGCACUGCUACUAACAAAGUUGUUAGGAUUUGAUCAAGGAAGGGUAGUGAUGGGCCAAGGAGGCUAUAACCUUAGGUCCACAGCAAAUUCAGGUUUUGCCUGUGCAGAAGUUUUGUUGGGGGAUAAAUUCACAUUCAACACUCUGGAGAAACAGCCACAUGAAUCUGCAUCGAGAGUUAUGCAGGCGGUACGCAAUGAAUUGAAGACAUGCUGGCCUGUUUUGACUGGUAAACUGCCAGAGAAUGUGUCACCAACACCGAGUGAGGUGCAUUUCCUCGGACUAGAGGAAAUCCAGGCAGUCAGCAAGCGGGGCCGCGAAACUUCUGGCCCUGCUCGAGCUACUGGCAAAGUGGCAGGGCCCUGCGUGGUGCCUCAGGUCCACUAUGCGAUGGAGGGCUCCGGUGAGAGCAAGCGGUGAAGGCUGGGCGGUGAUGAAGGCGGCGAGAUGGAGGCCAAGGGGGACAGAUUGGAUGAGGACAUGGGGGUUGACUCCAAUGUCAACGACAGUACCACCAGCCAGGAAGACCAAGAGGAGACAGAGCGAGAGGAUGAGCAGGGGGCCUCUGGGGAUCAGGUCCCUUUUCCACCCAGGCCUGCACUGGUCACGGCCCUGAACAAGGUGGCCGAGAGCCUAGGGCACAUGAAC